AUGAUUGCCGCGACGAAACGUUGGUUCCGCCGCAACAGAAACUCGUUAGUCAUUGGCGCGGGCGUGAUAGGAGCCGGCUACCUCGCGGGUCACUAUGUCCUGGGCAAGAUCCAAGAGGCGCGACAGCGCAUGAGCGAGGAGCGGGUCGCGAAGGAGAAGUACGGACAUUGCUGUGUGGGCGUAUGAUAGCAAUGGAGCCGCCGGACUGACAGGUGCCCACUAGCCUCCGCCGUCGAUUCGAACAGAACCAGGAGGAUUGCACCUACACCGUCCUCGCCCUCCUUCCCACCGUACGAGACGAGAUCGUCGCCGCUCUUCCCGUAGAGCACAUCACCGAGCAGUUGCAGCAAGAGAGGCAGGACCGACUGAAGCGAUCAGGCGCCUCCGAAGCCGCUUCCACCGAGUAUCCCUCCGCGCCGCCGAGCACCGUCGACGAUGACGGCAAGAGCCUCGGGAGUCUACAGAGUAGUCUACAGAGUGGCAGCUACGUCCAUGCCAGUCAGGUCGCGCACUCAAGCCUCAACCUCGGCGAUACCGCCCCCAGACCGAAACGGAGCAAGGCGCAACUAUGGCAGGAAAUGAAGAUACAGUCGAUCGCACGUGCAUUGACGUUGAUCUACACCCUCUGUCUAUUGACACUACUCACGCGCAUCCAACUGAACCUGCUGGGCCGCCGCACUUACCUGUCGUCGGUCGUGGCAUUGGCUUCUCCUCCCCCACCUACUCAGUCGUCUACGAUCUCGUUGGAAAACAAGGAUGACGACAACUACGACAAUGUAUACGGGAACGAUUUUGAGACGAACCGCAAAUAUCUUACUUUCAGCUGGUGGUUGCUUCAUAGGGGAAGCAAACGCAUCAUGGAACGAGUUAUGGCUGCGGUCAAGGAAGUAUUUGGAGGAGUGAAUAUUAGGGAAGACAUUACGCUCGAGAGGCUUGCGGACUUGCUGAUGCGGGUGCGGAGGAAGGUCGAGGGUGCCACGGAAGAAGAGCGUAGAAGUAUGAAGUGGCUGCCAUACCUGCUACCUUCGAAAGAGGAUGAGGCCUAUGUUAUUCGACAAUCUGGUAUGUCAGAGAGCGACGAAUCGCCUUCGUCGGAAGCACACGAGGUAGAUCCGAUGAGCAGGGCUGGCGAGGAGGGCGAGGUCGAAGAUGAGCUUGUCAACGAGUCACUACGGCGGCUGCUAGACGAGACAUCCGACCUCAUUGAUUCGCCGACCUUCUCGUACAUACUAACUAGACUCCUGGACGCUGGCUUCUCCCAUCUCGUCGACUUCCGCAUUGCAACCGAAGCCUUCAAAUCCCCAGGAGCCGGCGCUCCUGGCACCGAGCAAAGGAUUGUAGAGAUCCCAGACACGAAAUGCAAGCUGGCACACAUCCUGCCCGUCUUUUGCAAGCAAGCACACACCAUUUCUAUGGGCAGCGGCGAGCUCGAUGCGAUGGCUGGCGUGGCAGCACAGGAACCGCUUGGGAACGAAUACUUGGCUGCCGUCGAUCAGGUCAGCGACCUCGGCGCUUUUGCGGCCGUCAUCUAUUCGAGUAACUUCGAAUAUGAGGUACCGGAGAUUGCCACCGCGGCUCUACCCCCACGACCUAACGAGACGUCAAGCUCCUCCAUCAGCCCGGAAUCUACUGCUCAACUGUUCGGCUCGCCGCCGAGGGGCGCUGGCGAAGAUGUUCUGGGCGAGAGCGGAGUUCUCGUCCUCAGCGGCGGUCCGGAGAACCAAACGGAGCCCGAGGCGCAACUCGAGGUUGAAGGUAGUGGGACGGGGAAUUUCGAGGCUGCCUGGCAGAAGGCCACGACUUCAGAUGAUGAGAAGGAGAAGCCUGCGGAAGAGGAAGUUUUGAGGCUUACAUAA